GGAGUUAUUUUAUUUUUCAUUUUCUUGUGAAAUUCUCCGGAUGCUAUACGUUACAAAACAAAAACUUGUAUUUUGUAGGAGUAAUUAGCGCUCACUUCCUUGUGUCGCUGUGUUCACUGGUGUUGACUUUCCUCCGCUGACAGCCGCCGUGUGAGACCUGGGGGGCGGUGACAGGGGAGUGGAUGCAGGACCAGAGUCUGAUCCAAGACUCCUGUUCAACGCACUUAUCUCGCUCCGUUUAAACUUGCGAUUAUAAAAUGAACUCAGACUGAGUGGAUUCAGAAAUUUUAUUUUCCUCACAACUUCUGUAACCGCAGCAGGGUCGCGUCACUGCGAGCACAGGAGCCGAAAUCAUCGUGGAAGAAACAGCUUUUGGUUUUUAUCCCCUUUUGAAGAUGAAAUGAUGUUGCGUUUUUCUUUCACAGCAUCCUCAUCUACUUUUUCCACACUGAGCAUCAUCCCGCAUCUUCAAUUACCCUGGUAACCGGAGCUGUUCUUCAUCACUGUUCCACAGCGACUCCGGCUGACAGAAAGAAACCAACCAAACGCUCAUCCAGCGGGUAGAGAAGACAAUUUCUGGUGUUUAAACAGCCUUUCCUCCCCAACCCCGCCUCCACUAAACUCUGUGAGGUUGAUGUGUCGGAGAAGUCCCUUCUCUCGGCAGCAGCAGCAGCAGCAGCAGCAGCGGCGGCGGCAGCAGCAGCGGCGGCGGCAGCAGGAUGCCUGUCAGACGCGGUCAUGUCGCGCUCCAGAACACUUACUUGGACACAAUCAUCAAGAAAUUCGACGAACAAAAUCGCAAAUUCCUGAUAGCCAACGCGCAGAUGAAAAACUGUGGCAUCAUCUACUGCAACGAAGGCUUCUGUCAGAUGUUUGGUUUCACCAGGGCAGAGAUCAUGCAGCAGCCCUGCACCUGCCAGUUUUUGGUGGGGCCCGGCACCAUGAAGAGCGCCCUGACUCAGCUAGCACAGGCCCUGCUGGGCUCCGAGGAGCACAAGGUGGAGAUCCUGUACUACGCUAAAGAAGGCACCUGCAGACCCUGCCUGGUGGACGUCAUCCCUGUGAAAAACGAGGAAGGUCUCGUCAUUAUGUACAUCCUUGACUUCCAGGAACUGAUUGAUCCGACACUCAAGAAAUCUGCCCUCAGGCAGAGAGUCACCCAAGGAUGGAUCUACUGUCAGAAUCGCAGGUUGAAGAUGAGGCUCCCUAUGUUGCGCUCCAUGAGACGUCCAUCACUGUCCAAAGACCAGUUUGAAGGCGUGGUGGUGGACUACCUGCAGCCGAACAGUGAGGACGUUCCCUUGAAAGAGUUCCGGAUCCCGUCCAAGGAGAGCUGUAUGCAGUCUGAGACGGAGGCUCUGAUAGAACAGGACCUGGAUCCUCCUUCACCUGCAGCUCAGUCGUCCACCAAGCGCUGCUCCCUACUGACAGAUCGGCUCGACCCCGGAAUCGCCUUCCCACGGGGAAGUCUACCUCGCAGCUGUUCCCGAGACAGUGUCCGCAGCCUACGCCGGGCCUCGUCUCUGGACGACAUCGAUGGCAUGAGGGCGGAAUGGAACAGUCGACCUGGAGACCCUCGAAUCAACAGCAAUUUGAAGCCCAGUGCCCUGAACUCCACAUCAGACUCUGAUCUGAUCCGACACCGAACCAUCGGCCGAAUCCCUCAGGUAACCCUGACCUUUGGCUCCGAUCGGAUGAGACCUCCUUCGCCCACAGAGAUCGAGAUCAUCGCGCCAAGCAAGAUAAAGGAUCGCACCCAGAACGUCACCGAGAAGGUCACUCAUGUCACACAGGUGUUGUCCCUGGGCGCUGACGUGCUGCCCGAGUACAAACUUCAGGCUCCACGUAUCCACAAAUGGACCAUCCUUCACUACAGCCCGUUCAAAGCGGUGUGGGACUGGGUCAUCCUGCUGCUGGUCAUUUACACCGCCAUCUUCACGCCGUACUCGGCUGCCUUUCUUCUCAACGAGGUGGAGGAGCAGCGCAGGAGAACCUGCGGCUACACCUGCAACCCUCUGAACGUGGUGGACCUGGUGGUGGACGUCAUGUUCAUCAUAGACAUCCUCAUCAACUUCAGGACCACCUACGUCAACCACAAUGACGAGGUGGUCAGCCACCCGGGACGCAUCGCACAACACUACUUCAAGGGCUGGUUCCUCAUUGACAUUGUUGCUGCGAUUCCUUUUGAUCUGCUCAUAUUUCGCUCCGGGUCAGAAGAGCCCCAGACAACCACACUGAUUGGCCUACUGAAAACUGCCAGACUGCUGAGGUUGGUGCGAGUAGCCAGAAAGUUGGACCGCUACUCUGAGUACGGAGCUGCUGUCCUCCUCCUACUCAUGUGCACCUUCGCCCUCAUUGCCCACUGGCUGGCCUGCAUCUGGUACGCUAUUGGCAAUGUGGAGCGCACCGGCACUGUGCACACCGGAGACAUGAAGAUUGGCUGGCUGGACAACCUGGCCGACCAGAUCGGUAAACAUUACAACGACAGCGACGCAGCCUCCGGUCCAUCCACCAAGGACAAGUAUGUCACUGCUCUGUACUUCACCUUCAGCAGUCUGACCAGUGUGGGCUUUGGAAAUGUGUCGCCCAACACCAACCCAGAGAAGAUCUUCUCCAUCUGUGUCAUGCUCAUUGGCUCUCUGAUGUACGCCAGUAUCUUUGGUAACGUGUCAGCCAUCAUUCAGAGACUCUACUCUGGUACAGCUCGAUAUCACACCCAGAUGCUGCGAGUCAAAGAGUUCAUACGUUUCCAUCAGAUCCCAGGAGGCCUGAGACAGAGGCUGGAAGAAUAUUUUCAACACGCCUGGUCCUACACCAAUGGCAUUGACAUGAACGCGGUUCUGAAGGGAUUCCCCGAGUGUCUGCAGGCCGACAUCUGCCUCCAUUUGAACCGCAGUUUGUUCCAGAACUGCAAAGCUUUUCAAGGAGCCAGCAAGGGCUGCUUAAGAGCUCUGGCCGUGAGAUUUAAGACCACCCACGCUCCUCCAGGGGACACCCUUGUCCACAAUGGGGACAUCCUCACUGCUGUCUACUUCAUCUCCAGAGGCUCCAUAGAGAUCCUCAGAGAUGAUGUGGUAGUGGCCAUACUGGGAAAGAAUGACAUCUUUGGUGAACCCAUCAGCUCGUAUGGAAGACCAGGAAAGUCCAGCGCUGACGUCAGGGCUUUGACCUACUGUGACCUUCACAAGAUCCAGAGAGACGACCUUCUGGAUGUGCUGGACAUGUAUCCAGACUUUUCGGACACAUUCUGGAGCAACUUAGAGAUCACCUUCAACCUCAGAGAUGCAGAUAGAAUAAACCAGUCAACUCCAGGCAGGAGCUCAGAACAUCGACGACGAGCAAGGCAUCGGAGGAGUUCUGUGUGGCAACGCAACCGUCCAGACGGGAUGGACUGUGACACCUCUUACCCCGAUCAGUCCUGUCCGAUACUAAACCACCAUCAAAAUACCUCGACGGCAGGAUCCAACUGGGAAGACCUCUGUAGCAGUGCCAGUGUCUGUUCACAGUCAAGCGAUGAGGAGAUUAAGCCUGUGGGACAGAGCAAAGGGGAACUGUACCACAUUGGAGGAGACCCAAGAGAUUAUCCUCUGCUGCCCCACAGUGGACCUUCUGCUGGGAUUGGACCCUCGGCAGACCUCGGAGCACCACCAUUCUCAGCUACACCUAUCAGCAUGACAGGACUGUACAGCUACUGGCCAGAGCGCAGAGCCAGUCAGUUCUCAGAGGGAACAAGAAACACGUCAGCAGUCAGGGCUCGUUUCUUGCCGGCACCGUGUGCAGAGGAUCGGCCCAGUGAGCUGGAAUCCAGACUGGAGCUGCUGCAGUCACAGUUAAAUCGACUGGAGACACGUAUGACGUCAGAUAUCAACGUUAUCCUUCAGCUCCUGCAGAGGCAGAUGGCUCCCGUGCCUCCAGCCUAUAGCGCUGUCUCCCCCGGCCCACAUCCACCUCACCCUAUUCAUCCAACCUCCCUGUACAGCCCAGGAGCAACUGGUACUAUUCACAGUGUCCCCCCAGUCCAGCCAGUACCACUGGACAGCACUGUCUCACUGCUACAGACGCCCAACUCUGACUUCAAGCACAAACCCAAGGACUCUCUGUCCGACAGGAUCCAUCUCACUGUGGCCUCAGAUGACACCAAGUCAAUGUCAGUGGAGGCAGACCCUCCCCACCUGCCACCUGUGGCCCUCACCCCUUCUCAAAUGUUAGAGGCUUAUGAGCCUGUUGGACUGUUAGGUGGGAACCCGCGUUUCCCCUCCCUCCCUGAGAACCUGGAGACCCCCACUGACAUGCAGGAGAUUCAGAGGCACAUCUCUGACCCGGUCUUGCCUGGAACCUAAAGUAUCAGUCUUUAUCCCAAAUUCUGAUUCUUCAGACGGUGUGUCCAUAUGUUCUCUAGGUUGUCACGUUGUUCCUCCCACUGUUGAAAUCCCCCCUCUUCUGUUCAUACGUAUGCUGCUGAGUAACAUGGGAGUACGGUCUUCUCCAGUCUUGACUCAGCAGCGCCCUCACAGGCUGCUGGACUUCAGUAUCCUGAAAAAAAUAUUCCUGCUACAUUUGGUGGAAAAAUGUGAAAAGUGUUAAAAGCAAACACAGAAUCUUUAAAACAAAACACAAGGCCAUAGAAUAUUUAUAGAAUGAGAUUUUUUAAGCCGAGGUCAAAUGUCAAGUACUACUAAUGUGUGUCACGUGUGAAGAAUUAUUUAUGUUCACUUUGUUACAGAGCAGCACAGUUAAGACUAAUAAAUUAUUUGAGUCGGUUUGAAGUGCACCUCUGUUGCAGCUGGAGCCAGGCUGCGUGACGGUGAGUGGGAAAAGUUACAGAUUGUCAAGGUCUGUGUUUGGGAUUAAUACUGUACAAGAAGAACAAUGGUAGCUGUAGGACAGAAGGCAGUGUCUAUUCAAAUAGAAAAUUCAGUUUUUAUCCUGUGUCAUUUCAUCAAUCAACAGUGUGACCUUUGAUUAUUACAGAGUGUGACCUUCAGCUCAGGUCAUGUCUGUUUGUUGAGGGUCACCUGUUUGCUCCGCUGUGUCUUUUCUGCUCAGAUGGGACAAAUAUGUUGUGCCAAACUCAGAAAAGCCGUUGUUGACUUCUUUGUCUCCAGUGGAUACAGGACCACGACACUCCUGAGUGUCUGUGUGUGUGUCACUGUUGCUCACAUACAGAAACAGAAACUCAUUCUCUGUUAAGAUAUUUCCACAUUUUCAGCCAUGAGGUGAAUGUACCAUGUUUUUGAACAUUUUCACUACUGUAUAAUGUUUCUCAAAGCACAAACUCCCGUUGUUUAUCUUUUUAAGAUUAAAGACACAGCAAUCUAACACUGGAAUCAUUUUUCUAAUUGUGUCAAAUAACGGUGACAUGCAGCAUUGUAAUGAUGGGUGUGACCGUCACUCAUUCAGAGGUGGAAGUGGAUGAUGAUGAAAGCAGCUGAGUGACACAACUGUGGCUUGUUUGUAAUCAUACUAUGGCUAUAAAACCACAGGAAGAGAAAGUUUGUGUGUGAUGUUGGAGAUUGUGUUUUGAGACAUUUCAGGAGCAAAGAUGAUGUUCUCUUAGCAGAUAAAAUACUGCUGACAAGAGGAAAUGAAUAGCUGGAGUGAAGUUCAUGCAGUCAUUCACUUCAACGCCCUGUCCAGGUAAUUAUAACACAAUAUUUAUAGAAAUUAAACAACACAUUUGUAGGGUUUUCCACCAUUUAUUUUCUAUUUUCCCCUUAUUAAGUAUUUUCUAACUACAUUCAACAAAGGAACUCUUCUUCAGUACUGUUUCUGGUUACAUAACCCAUUUCCAAAAAAGUUGAACUUCAACCUUUCACCCUCCCAUCUGUGGUCAAUUUAGACUAAAACCUGCACACCUACAGGGAGAGCAUGUAAAAUACAUACGAAAAGACUGGGCAUAAUAAUUUGAUUUCCACUAAAGGCAGAUCUGGACACAAACCAGUUACUAAGACUAUGGCUACGAAGCCUGUCCUGACAAUAAGUUUUGUCAAAAUAGAUUCAAGCAGGUCCUAGCGUCCAGUUAUUUCUUAAAGCAGUCAGGUUUCUGUAUGUUGUGCUUGCGCUGUAUGUUGUGCUUUCACAAGUUUGAGGUCAGAAACUGAGAUCCUGCAUGGUGUAAUUUGUAGUAUAAUGCAAACUUUAACUUUAAAGUUUUUAACAGUAGGACAAAUAAGAAAAGUUUGGACUGAAGUCAGUGAUUAACCUGAGCAAUGAAAAACACAGAAACUUGGUUUGCUUCUAACACACAGAGUAAUACAAUUUAUUAGAGCAAAUUCAUUAAUAAACUUUAUGAAAAAAGCUACUACAACAACACUUGGUUUACCAACAUCAUUCAUAUAUUUAUAUGUAUGUACAUUAUGCCUUGUAAUGGCAUGCUACAAGGACGUGACCCUUUAAGUAAUGGAAAACAGCAAAGAGAGGCGACCACACACACACACCUGCAUACACACACACACAAAGAUGUUCCACCCUCUCAUCUGACAUCUCACUCUAACACAGGUUUCAAACACUGACAGAAACAAGUCAAUGAAAAA